AAUUAGACUGUUUAAGUUGUCUCAUAUUGAGACCGUUGCUCUAAAAGAAAUUGAGAUCAACAACUAAAUAGGCAAUGGGGAUUGGGGAUACAAUUCCGGGAAUUACUCCUAAUUUUUUGCAGUUUUUGAAUGUCUUCUCCUUCUAUUCUACGAAAUGUAAUCUUACCACCGAUCGGUAAUCCUUUUCUUUGAUUUCCCUUUCUUUGUUUUUCUUAAUUCUUUAUUUUAAGCCUUUUCUAUCAUGUUAAUUACUAGAAUUUCAUCCCAUUUGCUAUAUUUCUGCAAUUAGAUUAUACAAUUGUACCUCAAAUUUUCGAUCUAAAUCUGUAAUUCUUAUCUAAUUUAACAAGAUGGACGCAUUGGGAACCUUUCCAAUCGAUAUACUAAUCAAUAUCCUCGUUAGAUUGCCUGCAAAACCACUUCUGCGAUUCAAAACUGUAAGCACAGCAUGGUAUCAUCUAAUCAGUAACCCUAAUUUUGCCAAACAGCAUUUAAACCGAUCACUAUCCACUCAAUCCAAUCUCCAUUUUAUUUUCAGUAAACAGAUUCUUCACAUGGCUGAUUUUGAUUCUUUUGAUAAUGCUGUUGAGCUUGAUUACCCUUUCAAGAACCCUGAACAUGGUGGUGUUUCCAUCAUAGGAUCUUGUCAUGGUUUGCUCUGCCUUUGGUGCUUUGGUUAUCAGGAUUUCAUUGUGUUUUUGUUCAACCCCACCACUCGUACUAACACCAUGGUCCCAUUUUUACCGAUACCUCCCCAUGCUGCUCAUCUUAAACAUGAAUUUUUUUAUGGGUUUGGAUAUGAUAUUGUCACGGAUGACUACAAGUUCGUCAAAAUUCUUAAAUGUUAUAGGGAGAACUCUGAAUCCUAUAGUGAACUUUCGAUUUAUAGCUUGAAAAUGGACUCUUGGUCUAGGGUUCUUGAUCAUGUCCCCAUUGAUUUCAAUUGUAGGCAUAGAGAUGGUGUGUUAGUUGAGGAGAACUUACAUUGGGUCAUUGAUACAGAGCAUAUGGAAACUCCCCAUCCUAUAGUUAGCUUCAAUCUGAACACCCACACUUUUGGUGAGGUUAGAGUGCCUGAGGUUGACCUAGAUUGUUACUAUUGCAACAUGCAUGUGGGAGUAUUAGAUGGGUGUUUGUCUGUAAUUGCAAAUUAUUUAGAUCUUUCUGAGAUUUAUGUAAUGAAACAAUAUGGGGUGGUUGAAUCAUGGGCUCUGUUAUAUCGAAUUGUGAGUACAGAUAGAGUUAUCAAUUAUGAGAGGACUAUUGCUUAUAUCAAUAAUAGAAAGGAAUUGCUUGUUAAGUAUUGCCAUAAACUUCUUGCAUCUAUGAACUUAGAAACUAUGGAGGUUGAAAGAUUUAGUGGGAAUGGUCGUGCUCCAAGGCGAUUAGAUGCUCAUGUUUGCGUAGAGAAUCUUCUUUUGCUGGAUUGUUUUAAUGACAUUUUCGAGACUGAGGAACAAAUAUGGGGAGAAGAUGAUCAAGGACCAAGCCCGAGGUAAUAACUAUUAAAAGUAUGUACAGUUUUGUAGGGUUUCAUGUUAAGUUCAUACCAUCAGUUUAUAUGUUACAUGCUAUAGUCUAUAUGUCCUGAGUGUCAAAGAUAGAAGAGAUUUCUUCUAGGUUCUGCAGAAACUGAAGGGUGAAGCAAAUCUGGUGAAAUCCGUGUCACAUAAUUCACCGAUCAACUAGAAAUUAUGCUGGUUUUUGGUCGGUAUUUGGGUCGUGUAAAUUGUGAACUCAUAAGCGAAUUAACUUGCAAAUUAUGUUAAACUGGAUGGAAUGGCUAAUAAUUAUGGCGAAGAUCCAAUAGGUAUCAGUUAUCACUUUUGUGUUUUACAUUAGUCUUUAUGUUUGAUAGCUCUAUCUUUAUCUACUAGUAACAUCAGUUGUAUAAUCCUUCAAUACUAAUGUCUUAUCUGUUAUGUUCUUUUUGUUAAUUACACUUUGGUUUCCCUACUUCUCCAUUUGUGCUUCUAUUAAGUUCCUAAUAUAUUAAGGCAAUU